UCAAAUAGACUGGCCGUGGCGAGACUGGCCUACGGCUGAGGUGACUUGUGGGAGCGCGAGAGGGGCGCGCCAUGUUCGCCCCCCGCUCGGGCUGGGGGUUCGGCUGCCUCCGCCUCAGCCAGCUCCGAGCUGCCCGGCCCUGGGCGUGUCGGGCUGGCCCGGCCCGGCGGUACCGCUCUGGUGGGGGCGAGCGCCAGCCGGGAUCCGAGCCCGCGGUCUCUCCGCCAGGCCUCGCGCACCAGACUCUGAAGGAGUGGGCGCUGCUGGUGAGCCCCUUCGGUCGGCUGCGGGCGCGGCUUCCGUGUCAUUUGGCCGUAAGGCCCCUGGACCCCCUCACCUACCGAGAUGGCGACCGCGUGCUGGUCGCGGUGAGAGCAGCGGAGGGCGGGGCGCGGGACCUGGCGGGCCUGCAGGUGAAGUACGACGAGGCGCUGAAGGAGGUAGCCAUCGUGUCUGACACCAUCGACCCCCAGGCAUCCGUGGAGGUGAACGCGCCCCUGAAGUUUGAUUUGAAUAUCAAGUCAUCAGGUUCUGGCUGUGUAAAAAUCCAAAAUAUUGAGUGUGAUAAUUGUAAAAUUGAAACUGAGCAGGGGACUGUCAUCUUACAGUCUGUUAAGAGUCAAAAAUUACAUGUUCAAACAAAAGGAGGCAAAGUGAUCUGUCUGGGAACAGUUUAUGGAAAUAUAGAUAUUCAUGCAUCAGAUAAAAGUACUGUGACCAUAGAUAAACUGCAAGGAAGUACUGUUAAUAUAUCUGCUGAACAUGGUUUGCUGGAAGCCAAGUAUCUUUAUACAGAAUUGUCAUUUCUGUCUUCUGCUGCUGGAGAUAUUACAUUAGGAAGUGUUCAUGGUAAUAUAACAUUACAAAGCAAGAUGGGUAAUAUCACAGUAGAUUCAUCCUCUGGAUGUCUAAAGGCCUCAACUCAUCAGGGUGCAAUAGAUGUUUAUGUCAGCCAACUAGGGAAAGUGGAGUUGAAAUCCCAUGCAGGCUCUAUUCUUGUCAAGGUCACAUCUUCUCUUCAAGCUCAUUUACAGCUAUCAGGGAAAGAGGUUGAUGUGAACUCAGAAGUCCAUGUUCAAGAAAUGACUGAAGUUCACAAAGAUGAUGGUGUACUAAUUACUGGGCUCAUGAAUCAAGCAAGCGAACAUGAAAAAUGGAUUAAGGCUGAUGCCCCAGAAGGCACUGUAAAAUUUAGAAGUCAGAGCUGGUUUCAGUCCCUGAAACUGCAGGACUAAGAAUGGUUUGAGUUGUAUUUAUAAUUUUUAACAAUGAUUAGCAGAUCUGUGACUACAAAAAUGCAAAUACCACAGUUCAUAUAAAUGUUGAAAACAACAAAUUGGAAUGAAUACUGGUGAAUUGUCUUGUGGGGGCCUUUUGAAAAUUUGUACUUAGCUAUUCAUUUUCUAUUGCCCUGUAAUGAAAUUACCACAAACUUGCUGACUUAAAAUCACACUUAUUUUUAGCUCACAGUUCUGUAUGUCAGGAGAUCUGCAUGGCUAUGUUCUCUGCUCAGGGUGGACAAGGCCUGACUCGGCAUUAACCAGGCUGUGUUCUCAUCUAGAUGCUCUGGGGGGGAAAAUCUACUUUCAAGCUUGUCCAUAUUGUUGGCAAAAUCCAGUUGCCUGUGAUUACUACUGAGGUCUCUGUUUUCUUGCUGUCCGUCAGCGAUCACUCUAAGCUUCUACAGGCCACUCACAUUCCUUCUUGUUUGGCCCUCUCCAUCUUUAAGCCAGCAAUGUUGCAUUUGAUGCUUCUAUAUCUGAUCUCUUCUGCAACCAGCUGGAGAAACUGCUCUUAAAGGGCUCACUUGAUGUGAUCAGGCCUGCCCAGAAUAAUCUUUGUUUUGCCAUAUAAUGUAACAUAAUCAUGGGAGUGCUGUCUCAUCAUAUUUAUAAUUUCCGCUUACACUCAAGAGGAGGCGAUUAUACAAAGGCAUAAGUAAUGGGAUGGCGGUUAUCUUAGAAUUUCUUGCACCAUAGCUCUCUCAUAACACAUUUGCUACUUAGAACUUCUUACGACAUCAGUGUAAAUUUAAGCUGUGAAUAAAACACAUCUAAAAUGUGAUGCA